AUGCCUUUCGACCUUGCGACUCCCAGACUAUCCCUAUACUCUAUCCCUGCUGCGUGGUUUUGUGCCUUUUAUCCAAACACUCUAAGGUUUUUGGUCAUCGAUAAGACCGUGGGGUACGACAAUACAAAUCCACGCGAUAACUUGGCGAGGUCCAAAGAUAACGACAAGUUCAAGCCAAAUGUUGUUGCCAAGAUACAUCGAAUGGAGGGGGCUCAUCAGAACAGAAAUGAAGCAUUCCCGCUGUGGGCAGCAGCCGUAAUCACCGGCAACCUAGUCGGGUUGGACCAUCGUACCCUCAAUAUCUGUUCCGUAGCAUAUAUUGGUUUGCGGUUGUUGUACAAUCACAUCUACAUAAACCACAAUGCAUUUAUGAAAGGAUGGGCUCGAACAGCUGUAUUUUUUACUGCUCUCCCUAUCCCAUUGUGGUUGCUAGUUAAAUCUGCGCAAAAGAGCUUGUAA